GAGGAAACUUUCACUUGUUAUGAAUAACACUGAGAACAGGGCACAUUUCUUUUCUGCUUUUUUCAGAAAGAGGCUGUAGGCAAUCUACAUGCACUCCAGUUAAUGCUUGGAGCAGACAGCUCUUAUCCCCUUUUCAAUUGUCCUUGUCCAUUGCUCAACUUUUUUUUUCUUGGCACACCAAAUACUGGUUCAUCCAAUCAUAAAAGAUCUGCUUCUUUUUAGUUUUACCCAGCCUUAUCCAGGGAUUUCUGUGCAUCUAACUAAAGGCAAAUGAACUUUUCCAUAAUGAGAUAUUCUUUCAAAAAAAAAAUAAAAAAUCCCCACCUUGGAAAUCUUAACUAAAGAGAAUCCUUCUCAGUUUUUUUAGAAGUGGGAUCCUAAGUGGUCCGAAAGGAGAGCUUUCCGACUGGUUGCGUUUUAUUAUACAAAUGCAGGAACGGAGUUGGGAAGGCAGCGAAUCCUAAAGGAUGUAAACAGAAGCGCCGGCCAACCUUUCAACCGCCUGCAGGGAUUCUCAAGUCGCCAACGCUCUUCUUACCCGGUGAGAUGAAGCUCUCUCGGGGAGACCGAAUAGGAACGAAAAAACAGCGGAACAAAAGGUAGUUUACCCCGCGCGGCCGACCGGAUGCAGUUCGGAGUUGCUUCUGCUGAAAGUGAGGAUCAUGGAGCCGCGGCUGCGAGUAUUGGAGUUAUACAGCGGGGUCGGAGGGAUGCACUAUGCGUUGAAGGCAAGUGAAAUACCUGCAGAAGUUGUGGCCGCGGUUGAUGUGAAUACGGUAGCCAAUGAAGUUUAUGCACACAAUUUUUCUACCACACCACUGUGGCCAAAAACAAUUGAGGGAAUAACACUGAAAGAAUUCAACAGUUUAUCUUUUGAUAUGAUUUUGAUGAGUCCCCCUUGUCAGCCCUUUACAAGAAUUGGUCGACAAGGUGAUAUUUCUGACCCUAGGAGCAAAAGUUUUCUCUAUAUUUUAGAUAUUCUUCCAAAGCUUACAAGGCUGCCAAAAUAUUUACUUUUAGAAAAUGUCAAAGGUUUUGAAACAUCUUCUGCCAGGGAUGAACUUAUACGAACACUAAAAAAAUGUGGAUUUACAUAUCAAGAAUUUCUGUUGUCUCCAACUUGCAUUGGGAUUCCAAACUCAAGAUUGAGGUACUUCCUGAUUGCAAGACUCAAUUCAGAACCCUUUUCUUUUCUAGCACCUGGGAAGAUUUUGACUGAUUUCCCAAUCCAGGAAACAGGGAGUUCAAAGACAUGUAAGGUUGCUGCAACUGUGACAGAAGAUGGUUCUCAAGGACUUCUGAAAGACCCUAGUUCUUGUCAUGAUGCUAAUGACAAGCAGUGCCAGGAGAAGGGGCAGCUUCUGUAUAAACUUGAAACAGAGUCAGAAUUGGAAAGAAAACAGAAGUGGGACAACAAUUUGUCUUUACAGAUGCUCAAAAGUUUUCUCCAAGAUGACAGAGAAGAGCUGAGUCAGUACUUCUUACCAUUGAAAUCCUUGCUACGUUAUGCUCUCCUUUUAGAUAUUGUCAGACCCACUUGCAGAAGAUCUACAUGUUUCACAAAAGGGUAUGGACACUAUGUAGAAGGAACUGGUUCCGUCUUACAGAUGGCAGAAGAUAUUCAGCUUGAAUCCGUAUUUAAAUCCUUUGAUGAUUUGUCUGAAGAUGAAAAGCUUAAGAAUCUAUCAAUGCUUCAAUUGCGGUAUUUUACUCCGAGAGAAAUAGCAAAUCUGCAUGGAUUUCCCCCUGAAUUUGAUUUUCCUGAAAACAUUGCCAUAAAACAAUGUUACCGUCUACUUGGAAACAGCCUCAGCGUAUUUGUGGUUGCUAAAUUAAUCUCAUUUCUCGUUGACCCUAUCAAUAAGUGAUGAAUUGUUCAAGUGAACUUUCUGGAGACAUUACACUACACGGAUACAUCCAUACUAAUAUGGAUUUCUUUCUUGGAAGAGGAUUGAAUCUGAUUACUAUGGUAUAUUUGUGUGGAUGCUCAUCAUUGUUUAUAUCAUUGUUUAUAAAUAAAUAAUUGACAAAUGUG